AUGUCCGACCUGCCGCUCCUCAACACCGACCUGGAGGCGGCCGACGGCGCGUUCCCGCCGGCAGUCGAGGCGUUCCGCGACAGGGUCCGCGGCGCCGACUGCUUCCUCUUCGCGUCGCCCGAUUACAACUACUCCAUUUCAGGCCCGCUGAAGAACGCGCUGGACUGGGCGUCGCGGCCACCGAACCGCUGGGGCGACAGAGCCGCCGCGAUCCUCAGCGCGUCGGGGUGGCUCUCGGCAUCCACUUCGUCAUCAAGCCGGAGAUGGAACGAUAACCACAGGAUGCAGUAUGCUAGUGGUAGUGGCAAUGUUUUACUUUUUACAUUUACAUACAAGGAGUGA